AUGAUGUGGGAAGCAGGAGAAUCAACCGAAGGAGGGGGAGGGGGUGUGAAUGAAAAUGGUGGAAGUGGGAGGAGGAAGCCAUCGUGGAGAGAGAGAGAGAACAACAAGAGGAGAGAGAGAAGAAGAAGGGCCAUAGCAGCCAAGAUAUAUACAGGUUUAAGGGCACAAGGGGAUUACAAUUUGCCUAAACACUGUGACAACAACGAGGUCCUCAAAGCUCUCUGUGCUGAAGCUGGUUGGAUUGUUGAGCCUGAUGGCACCACCUAUCGCAAGGGAUGCAAACCACCAAGCUGGGAAAUUGGAAGCAUUUCAACCAAUAUGACACCUAGUUCUUCUGUAAAUCUUAGUCUACCAUCAUCAUAUUUCUCAAGUCCAAUUCCUUCUUACCAACCGAGUCCAUCAUCCUCGUCCUUCCCCAGCCCGACUCGACAAAGUGCCAACCCAUCAUCACAUCCAUUUGCAUUCCUCCUUAACUCUAUCCCUUCAUCUCUCCCUCCUCUCCGAAUAUCAAACAGUGCCCCUGUAACUCCACCGCUCUCGUCUCCAACUAGACGCCCUAAGCAAACUUUCAAUUUGGAAACUCUCGCGAAAGAAUCCAUGUCCGCUUUGAAUAUCCCCUUUUUCGCUGCUGCUUCGGCCCCAGCAAGUCCAAAUCGUAGUAGGCGCUUUACUCCAACGACCACUAUACCUGAAUGCAAUGAGUCAGACUCAUCUACUAUUGAUUCUGGCCAGUGGAUGAACUUCCAAGCAUAUCUUAAUGCACCCACCAUGGUUCCAACCUCUCCAACCUUUAAUCUUGUGAAACCCGUGGCUCAGCAACUUACUUCCAAGGACACCGUGUUGGAUAAGGGGAAGAGUACAGAAUUUGGUUUUGAGAAUGUAGCAGUGAAGGCAUGGGAAGGGGAGAGGAUUCAUGAGGUAGGAUUGGAUGAUCUCGAUCUCACACUAGGAAGUGGGAACACUCGGAUUUGA